AUGUCAACAUUUGCACAGGAGUCUGAACCACUAGUUCCAUUAGAGUCACCCAGCAAUGAACAACAUGUCAAGGUUGAUAAUUCGAACAAACAGGUUCAAGAAACGUAUGUUUCAGGGGCGGAACACCAUCCGUCUAUAGAUAAUAACAGCCUAAGAAUUAACAAAAAAUCUAGUAUUAGUCAAAAUGACUCUGAUAGCAACCCCAAGGAAAGCAAUGGUAUUCCAGAUGUUAUUGUCGCUGCAAAUAUGAGUCAAACUAGGGACUUGCCGGUAGCCAAUAAAGAAGGUACUUUAGAAUCUAUUCUUUUAGAAAGAUUACAUUCUAAAGAUAUAAAAGGUAUUGUUAGUAGAGAUAUAAACAAAUAUGACACAUCGAUUUCUGGUCCGGGUAUACUUGAUGAUUUAUCACCGGCUGAUAAAGCUGCUUUAAGAAAUCUAGUAGAAACUGAUUCAGUGAAUAACCUCUUCCCUUGGAAAAAGAUAAUGGGGUUUAGUUUUUCUGGAAGAGGUGUUAUAGAUAUUGCUAAUGCUACUUUUACGAAGAAAUAUAUUCUAGAAAAUUUUUAUAGUGAUUGGUACUCAAAUAUUGUACUUAUGGUAGGCACAUGCUUCUUUGCAUGGCUUUUUGGUUAUUUUGGCUUCUCUUGGUGGUCCUUGGGAUUUGUCUUUUUUGGCACUACUUCUGUAUAUAAUGCAGAAUAUCGUCGUUUCAAUAGAAAUAUCAGAGAUGAUUUAAAAAGAAUUACACUAGAUGAGACGAUGUCAGGUAGAAUUGAAACUACACUGUGGUUGAACUCCUUCCUAUCCAAAUUUUGGGUUAUCUAUAUGCCUGUUCUAUCUAGACAAGUCAAGGAUAUUACAAACCCAAUCCUUUCUGAUAUGGUUCCUGGUUAUGGUAUUGAUGCGUUAACUUUAGAAGAGUUCACUUUAGGUUCUAAAGCACCAGCCAUUAAGGGAAUUAAAUCCUAUACGAAAGCUGGCAAGGAUGUUGUAGAGAUGGAUUGGUCCUUUGCAUUCACCCCAAAUGAUGUUUCUGAUAUGACUCCAAAUGAGGCUAAAGAAAAGAUCAACCCCAAAAUUUCUUUAGGGGUCACUUUAGGUAAAGGUAUUGUAUCUAAAACUCUUUCUGUUCUUGUCGAAGACAUUAAUGUAGCUGGUAAGAUCCGUGUUAGACUCACAUUUGGAAAGACUUUCCCAAACAUUAAAAUUGUGUCUAUCCAAUUUCUAGAACCUCCAUUGAUUGAUUUCGUUUUAAAACCACUAGGUGGCGAUACAUUGGGUAUUGAUGUGAUGUCGUUUUUACCAGGCUUAAAAACUUUUGUUAAGAAAAUGAUUGACAGUAAUGCUGGUCCAAUGUUAUAUGCUCCAAAUUGUAUGGAUAUUGAUAUCGAAGAGAUAAUGGCAGCUCAGUCAAACGAAGCCAUUGGUGUUGUCGCAAUAACAGUCUCUUCUGCUAAUAAUUUGAUUGGUUCUGAUUUUAUCACCAAUACCGUCGAUCCUUAUGUUGUUUUAAAGACUGAGAAAUCAUUGCCUUAUCAAGAAUGUGAAGCUCAUACUACAAUUAAAUCUGAUAACAAGAACCCCGUCUGGAAUGAAACAAAGUAUAUCUUAAUUAAUUCCCUGGAUCAGAAAUUAACUAUGAACUGUUGGGACUUUAACGAUGUUAGAAAAGAUCAGUUAAUUGGCUCACUGGAAUUUGAUAUGAAUACACUUUACCAAACACCUAUUAUUGAAAAUACAUCAGAUACUUUAUUUAUUGGUUCAAAAAAUAAAGGUACUUUGAAUUAUUCUAUCCAUUAUUAUCCAAUAAUCGAAAAACCCAAGAAGGAUAUACAGGAAAAAACACUAGAAAAAGAGUCCUGGGAAGAAGAAGACAUGGAAGAAGAGCAAGAAGAGGAGUCUGAUACUGGUAUUCUUAAAUUCACAUUACAAAAAAUCAGACACCUACCAAUUACUUCCCAAAUAUCAAAUUCUUUAUCUCCAUCUGUAGAAUUAUUUUUAGACAAGAAACUAGUCAAACGCUAUCGGAUUUUAAAACGUAUUAAUGAACCUUCGUGGAAUGAAUUACAUGAAUUUUUGGUUACAUCCAAAGAGAAUUCUAAAUUAACGCUUAAUGUAUACGAUAAUCGUGCUUCUGGUAAGGUUUUACUGUGUUCAUAUUCUGGUUAUGUAGAAGAUUUAAUUAAUGUAGGUGAAGCUGGCCAAGAUAGUAUUAAAGCCUCUCCACAAGGUGAAAUAUUCUUUGUAUCCCAAUGGAAGCCACUCAAGUUAACUGGUGUCGGUACCAUCAGUACUUUAAGCACUUCGCCACUAGGCAGUAUGAAAAUAUAUGUAGCUUCAGUAGAAGUUAGAUCUGCAUUAAGUGGUAUUGGUGAUAUUGAUCCUUACUUUACUAUUAGUCUUAAUAAGCACGUUAGGUACAAAUCUGAGCAUAUCUCAGAUACUCACAAACCUCACUUUGACAGGGUUGUAUAUAUUCCAAUUACGUCUGAAAACCAACUAUUAUCUUUAUCUGUUGCUGAUUAUCAGUCUGUUGGGUCUGAUAGACAUAUUGGUACCAUUCACUUCCCUGUGUCUUCAAUUUUACAAAAAAAUAAAAACUUUAAGGGUUAUUCAUGUAAACCUGAAUUCAACAAUGAAUUAAAAACAUAUAAUCUGUUUAAUAAAUCUAAUAUUAGAACAUCUGAUAUUAUCAAUUUAGGUUUUGAGUUCGUCAAUACAAUGCAGAUAUACUCAGCAGAAGAAUUAAAAGAAGUUGAAAUUUUAGAAAAUGAACUGAGAGCUAAGAAAGAAGAAUUUGAAAAGAUGCAGGCAGAAUAUAAGGAGGAAAUGAAAAAGAACCCUGAUGAUUGGCAUAUUGUAGAAAUUAAAGAUCCGUUUGAGGAAGAUGAAAACAAGAUCAAUGCCAAAGAAAAGAUGCCUUUUGAUGAAUUAAUUAACCAUAACUCAGGUGUUUUAUCUAUUUCUAUUACAAAAGGGAAGGUACCUCCCUCAUCCUAUCUGCAGAUCUUAGUAGACAAUAUCAAUUAUCCAGUGUUUAUUUCCAAUAAAUACAUUAGUGGAUCAUCCUUAUGUAACAGCACCAAUGUCAUGAUUAGGGAUCUGAAACACAGCAAACUGUUGUUUAGAGUAACAAGGAAGAAAGUAGUGAAGAAUAAAGAUGAUUUUGUCUCUGAUGUUUACUUAUCAACUUUAGAUUUAUUAAAAAAUGGAUUUGAUACACCAACUAAUAUAGAGUUCAAGAACGCUUCCCUAGAAGUAAAAUUCGAUUACUACCCAACUUAUAAGGAUUUGCCUAUCGAAGAAACUGUGAUGGAUACUGGUAUUCUAUCUUUGAAGUUAGUUAGUGCAUCUCACUUAAUGGCAGCUGAUAGAAACGGUAAGUCUGAUCCAUUUGUCGAAGUUUAUGUCAAUGAACAUAAAACAUUCAAAACACAUAUCAUUAAAAAGACUCUAGAUCCUGUAUGGAAUGAAACUGUUAACUUAAAAAUUCCAUCUAUGAUAAAAAGCAAAAUAAUGUUGAAAUUAUUAGAUUGGGAUCGUGCAGGUGACAAUGAUUUCUUAGGCGAAGUAAUCCUUGACCUUAAAAAGAUCAAUCCCAACAAUACACAAGUUUGGGAAUACCCAUUGAAUACCCAAGGUACCAUUAAGAUACAAACUACAUUUGUCCCUCAGUAUGUUAAGCCAGAUAUAACAUACCAGGAAAAGGGUCUAACUGAUUCAGCACCAUUAAAAGCAAUCGGUACAGUCGGAGGAAUUGUGGGUAGCACUGGUACUACUGUUGUAUCUGGUGGUAUUAAAGCGGGUGGUCACAUAUUUAAGACAAUUAACCCCAAUAAAUUGAUCCCAAAUAGACAUUCAUUUGAGAAAUCUAAAUCUAAAGAUAUAGCACCAUCUGAACUUGACAAGAUUUCAUUAGGAAAUAAUGAUGAUAGUACUAACGAACAACUUCAAAAUAUGAGGAACCCCUUGAACCACAACCGUGAUCAACAGUAUAAUAAGAGCAAUCAUGAUUCUGGUGAAAAUUAUCCAGAGUACAGAGUUUCAUAUGAUGAGGAGCCAAACAUGCCAAAUAAUGAUGGAAUGACUACUGAUGGUGCUAAAAGUGUAAAAAGUAGAGCAAAAAGUGUAAAUAGUCAUCACAGUAAAUUUACCAUACCUACACUGGGUGGUGUUAGUCACUUAAUGAAAGGUUCAAAUCACAGUGUCAAGUCCAGUUCCUCUUUCAGUUUAUCUAAAGGUCAUGGCAAAAUAUCUGUUUUGGCUGCUACAGACCUGGGUAAGAAUAUUUCUGUUAGAGUCACACUAAUUAAAGGUGCGCAGAGGGAUGAAAUAUUCAAAACUGGUUUAGGUAAGUGGGACUCCGAUGGGUCAUGCUACUAUCAAGCGCAAUCUGCUCAUUUCAGUUCUCCACCUGACGGUAUCAUCGAGUUUGAGGCCUUGAAAUCACAUAAAUUAACCAAAGACAAAUCCAUUGGUGUAGGUAAAGUUAGUUUAAGUAAUCCGGAGAUCAAAGACAACGAGAAGGCUGCUGUGAAUAUUGGUACAGGUCGUAUUAUUUUCCAAAUUCAAUAUCAACCAUAA